CACCUCCACCAACUAUACCACUACAAUCACCCAUCCCACCACUGUCACCACCAGAUUCCCCUCCAUCCUCACCUCUCUCUGUUUGUUUUCUUAGCUCAUCUCCCUUCUGCUUCCCUCAUAUGGGUUCUUUGAAAUGGUGGCUUCCAAAUCUGUAGCUGACCAAGCCUCUGCAAUUGCGAAUCUGGAGAUUGUUACUGGUGAUCAGAAGAACAAUAUCCUUCAUGAAAGCAGUUCACAGCUAUUGAGCAACACUGUGAGUCAAGCAUCGAGUUCAUCACACGUUGUUCAAGGUGAAAAUUCAAAAAUUGAAAACCAGAACAGGCCUGCUAGUCAAGGACAAGACUCAUCAGCUUUUCCCAGAAAGAGUGGGAUGUCUAAUACUGCUGAUAAGACAGUUGCUUUUCCCAGAAAGAGUGGGAUGGGCAAACCCACUUUGGAUCCUAACAAACCCAACUCCUGGUCACAAGUGGUUCAGAACCCAAAUGGAACCAAUUCCAUUCCAAUAGAACAGGAACACCCCCCCAUGAAACUAAAGUACUUUAAACCCAAGUUGAAUGAAAAUAGAAUUCUAGUUUCUCCCCCUGGAGUGGUUGCUUGCAAAGGCUAUUGUNAUCCUUGUUUCUACCCCUGGAGAGCAAGCAAUCUGCUAUCUAGUAGUAGCCAGUCCAUACCCACUAGUGAUACUCAUGUUAAUGAUACUAACUCUGUUGAAGCUACCCCAGUUGAUACUCAGAUCUUGCAAACCAAACAACAAGUCUCCUGCCCUGAAGUUGGCAAAGAAGUCCCUGAAGUCAUGCCAGUUGAAUCCCCCAACAGAUUUGCUGAACUGAAUAAGGAAGAAGACAGUCAUCCAAAUAACUGCAGCCCUUCCACAAGUCAAGAGGAGCAGGUAUCGACUUCAUUCUCUGAUAAGGUCUAG